AUGUCAUCCGACUACGGAUCGGACAUCGACUCCGACGUCGCAGAUGUCGUCGACGAGAUUGUUUCGUCGCAGCAAGCUCCCCCUUCUUCGGCGCAAGUGCCACGACCUGCGCUAAAGCCACUCAAUACGAACACUCCCCUCACACCACCGUCAUCCUAUGAAAAAUCAAACGAAAUCACCCUUCAGCAAUGGCACCAAGCUGCCUCAACGCCGCCGCCUUCGGCCUCGUCAUCGGACGCCGAACCGUACCGCCUGACGUUUGGCAAACAUGAGGGCAAGACGCUUGCGGAGAUACCAACGUCGUAUGUUACGUGGUUGAUUAGGAAUCCGAUUUCGAGUAGGCCGAUGGAGUUGAUAUAUGCGUUGGAAGAGUGGCAGGAGGAGAAGAAGAAUGGGAGGAAGGCGGCAUCGCAAUCGCAAGCAUCGCAGGUGUCGAUGUCGUCGCAACCGCAAGCCACAUCUUCGAAGAUGCCGCUCUCCCCGCCGUCCUCUCAAGCCUACCAGGCCCCUCCUCCAUCGUCACAACCUGUGCUAUCGAGCUCGCAUGUCUCUAGAUACACAAAUCCUCCUUCGCCUUCUCGCUCGCCGUCACCACCACCUAGCACACAACAGUCAUAUCCUCCCUCGUCACAGGCCAUGCCACCACAGCUUGCGCCGUCGCAAACGUAUCCUCCUCCCUCGUCACAGCCCACGGCGCCUCAAGAACCGACUGGUGCACCCCUAUACGUCCUCCCUUUCGGCGAUUACAAAGGCAAGACUCUGCUUGAGGUACCAGAGGACUACCUCUACUAUCUUGGUGCGAGCGAAGACAAGUUGGCUACUUUACCUGGUUUGUCUGAUGCGCUCGGCUUGAUGCAGAAGGGUCUACCUCCAGUCGCUAUGGAGCCUAUGGCGCCGAGUCGGGCUUCCUCACAAGCUCUACCACCGCCAUCAUCUGCACCUGGCCCGUAUUUGGCACAUGAACCGCCUGCUUCUAGCCAGGUUUCUAUGACGAAUCAACCACAGCAGGUUUCGCCACCACCUUCGACUGCGCCUAGCCAUUAUUCCCUCUGCAAAGACGACAUCCCGAGUAGUUCGCAACCUUCCGCACCGCAGCUCUCUGCCUCGCAACCGACCCCACAACCUUCCUCUUCGCAACCCCCACCCCGUCGCGAACCAUACCGUUUCGACUUCGGCAAGCACGAAGGCAAAACCAUCGCCGAAGUCCCUCCCGAUUACAUGGCCUUCUUAAAAAGCAAGGGUUUCACUGAAACAAACGAGACACUGGCUGCAGGAGUCGCAGAGUACGAACGCCACCACCCACCCAUCGGGACGCCGCGCAAGGGAGAAUACAGAUUCACGUUCGGCAAGCAUGAAGGAAAGACUGUGGCACAAGUACCUCAGACCUACAUUUGGUUUAUCAAGAACAAAACGACGAUUAUGAAGGAUAAGCCAGAGGUGGGCGCUGCGAUUCGGCAGUUUGAGCGGACUCAGAAACGGACGGAGACGAAGGCUCAAAAUCGUGGUCGUCGGAGGGCCUGGUCUCCGAUGUGCUCAUGUUGUGAUUGA